AUGGGGGUCAUGCCUGACGACUCACAGGGUGCCAGGGUGGCCGUAUCACCACCGAUGAGCCCCAAACAACAACCCUACAUCCAGUACCUGCAUUCCUACCAAUACAUACAGAUGUGUGACCAUUAACUCUUACAUGGUCAUGUCACAUACCCUGGUGCAUAACUACCCAGGUAAGUCUGUAUGGUUUGAGAAAUUAUAUGAAUACAAUGGCAAUAGAAACCUUUGCCUUUUUGCGUCAUCAUAUUAUGUGUAUUCAAGAUUUGGGAUUAUAUCAUAUGUUCAAGAUUCAUGCCAAGUUUGUGUCAAGGAUCCCUAUUUGGCCUGACAUUGUGAAUGAAUGUAUUGAAGGACUGUUUUGUACUGUACAUGUUAGGUUUCCACUAUCCUCUCUAUGUGAAAACAGCAGACAGAGAGGAGUCCGAUUUGUCUCCAAAUAUCCAUAGUGUGAGCAGCAAGCCAGCCAGCGAGUCUACCACAGGAGGUUGGUGGCACCUUAAUUGGGGAGGACGGGCUCAUGGUAAAGGCUGGUGCGGAAUAAGUGAAAUGUUUUCAAAUACUUCAAAACACAUGGUUUCCAUGAGUUUGAUGCCAUUCUACUCCAUUCCAGUCAUUAUUAUGAGCCGUCCUCCCCUCAGCAGCCUCCACUGGUACUGCCCUUGAGCUUCUUCAGCACCACAACCUGCCAUAUUGCAAAUCCCCUGCGGUGAGUGUCCAUCAAGUAUAGGCAAAAUCGAGGCAGAAAAUGCAAAGCAACAGGAAAUCCAUGAAAUUAACUUCAGACUAAUUGCUUUAUCAGUUUAUGAGAGAAGUUAAUUGAAUUCAGUAUAUGUGAGAUACUAGCCCUAUUGCAAGUCUGAUCUGUGACAUGCUGAUAUAAUGAUGAUAUUAAUGUGCAACAUAUAAUCCAAAGACUUAUAUUUGAGUGAAAAUCCCCCUUUUUGUUAAUAGCCUGGUGAGAAAGGAUCCCCUGAAGGAGAGAGAGAGACAGACAGGGAGAGGACCAAUGUUCCCUUUGCCAGGCACCUUCACACACAUCACCAUAUACAUCUUG